GCAGCAAACGUCACAGGGAUGACUGUUCUGAGAUCAGCGGUCUCGAGGCUCCGCGCUCUCGCGAUGCGGGUGCGCGAGGUUUACGCGCGCGCUGCACGCUGGGAAGCCCUUUCUCUACGAGGCCAUCUUGGUGAGAUCAGGAGGUUGGCCAGAUCGGACUAAUCAGGAAAAAUGGUGGCUGCGAAGAAGGCGAAAAAGUCCCUGGAGUCCAUCAACUCCAGACUGCAGCUGGUGAUCAAGAGCGGUAAAUAUGUUCUCGGAUACAAGCAGUCUCAGAAAAUGAUCCGCCAAGGAAAAGCCAAGCUGGUGAUCCUGGCCAACAACUGUCCCGCUCUGAGGAAAUCUGAGAUUGAGUACUACGCUAUGUUGGCCAAAACCGGAGUCCAUCAUUACAGUGGAAACAACAUUGAGCUCGGCACAGCCUGUGGCAAAUACUACAGGGUGUGCACACUGGCCAUCAUUGACCCUGGCGAUUCUGACAUCAUCAGAAGCAUGCCAGACCAGCAGCAGCCGGGGGAGAAGUAGAGCCAUUUCCAGCAGAUCUUAUCAGAAAUAAAAUUGGUUGAAAAGGUC